AUGGAAGCGAAGACGCCGAGAAGUACAAAGAAUUAUAAUGAUCUUGAAGUAUUCCUAGGUAUGGUCGAUUCAUUAGAGCCUACACUUAAAAAUCCUUUCGAGGAAGCAAUCAAAGCUAUGGCUUCUGGACAUAAUAAUGAGAAAGAAAAGAAAAGAAGGCGUCCUCGUCGUGCGAACAGGAUGAAAGUGUAUGACAACGGGUACAUAUUCACCUAUGAUAAAGACUCGCAAUGUGGUCAGAGAAGUUUUUGGCGUUGUGAAAGAAAAACAGAAUGUCCUGCACGUGUACACACAAAUCCCCUUACAAACCAAAUCAUUAAAAGAAUUAAUUCACACACUCAUGAGCCAUCUAUUCUUGACGAAUUACCACCGUGGUUGUUAGUAAGCGAAGAUGCUUCUACUUCUACUUCCGAUCCAACCGUGCAAACGGGAGUGAUCCUACCCCAAUAUUCCUCUUCUCUUGGAGUAUCCUCCAGUAUCUUUCUUGAAGAAAAUACUUUGGAAGUUCAAGAUAGUACUUCAUCUGAAACAUGCACAGUAAUGAAAGAUGAAAUAGGUGACACAAUACUCUUCAGUCCGAAUAACAAGAAGUUGAGAAGAGAUCAAUCACUUGAAAUGAGUGAAAAAACAUAUCUUGAGACUGAAGAUCCUGAAGCUUUUUGGAACAUUUUCAAUAUGACUAAGCGUAUAAUUAGAAUGAUAAGGAAUGAUCGCAGCGAUGGUUUCAUGGCCAAUCAGCAUUUUCCUGUACUCGGCGAUUCUAUUUUGUCUGCUUCCUGUUCUCCAACUUCAUCUUCAAAUGUUCUGACGGUUUACAUCGCACCAGCUGAUAUGCAUGAAGAAGAUCCUGUGUAUCAAAUGAUCAGUUUGUACGACAAAACUCAGCAAGAGUUACGAUCGUUAGUUGAAAAACGCGGUCUAAUUAAAAGCUCAGAAAUAGACACAAUUUGUAUAAAUGGUCCGAAUGGUAUCAAUGUGGAAUUAACCGAUGAAGUGAGUGUUCUCUUCUUGAGGAUGACAUCUAAUUUCGGUUUUGGGAAAGGCCAGAAGGUCAUUCAAGUAACAACUGGUUUCCCCUAA